UUCCAGUGGUCGACUCUGAACCUGAGGGGCGGGUGCUAGCGCAGAUGCUAACCCCGCCUUGCGUUUCCAUUGGCUAAUACUGGUUCAGAUCCCGCCUCAGCACCGCCCGCCGUCGCCCAUUGGCCCGCUCUGCCGGGAGAAGUCUGAGGCAGCACUAGCGGGUCCCGUGGCGGUUCGGGCGUCAGAGCCAGCUGGGCAAGCGUUGGUCGCCGACAUGACGCCUGAGAACUCGGAAGAGUCCCAACCGCUCCUGAGGCCGCCGGGCGGCGGCUCUCCCUGCGGCCGCCGCGUCUUCCUCGCCGCCUUCUCCGCUGCCCUGGGCCCCCUCAGCUUCGGCUUCGCGCUCGGCUACAGCUCCCCGGCCAUCCCGAGCCUGAGGCGCUCGGUGCCCCCGGCCCCGCACCUCGACGACCGUACCGCCUCCUGGUUCGGGGCCAUCGUGACCCUGGGCGCCGCGGCGGGGGGCGUUCUGGGCGGCUGGCUCGUGGACCGCGCCGGGCGCAAACUCAGCCUCCUGUUCUGCACGGUGCCCUUUGUGGCCGGCUUUGCCGUCAUCACUGCGGCCCAGGACGUGUGGAUGCUGCUCGGGGGCCGCCUCCUCACCGGCCUGGCCUGCGGCGUCGCCUCACUAGUGGCCCCGAUUUAUAUCUCUGAAAUUUCCUACCCAGCGGUCCGGGGACUGCUCGGCUCCUGUGUGCAGCUGAUGGUCGUCAUAGGCAUCCUCUUGGCCUACCUGGCAGGCCGAGUCCUGGAGUGGCGCUGGCUGGCUGUGCUGGGCUGCGUGCCCCCCUCUUUUAUGCUGCUGCUUAUGUGCUGCAUGCCAGAGACCCCACGCUUUCUCCUGACUCAGCACAAGCGCCAGGAGGCCAUGGCUGCCCUGCAGUUCCUGUGGGGCUCCGAACAGGGCUGGGAAGAGCCCUCUGUUGAGUCUGAGCACCAGCAGGUUUUUCAGCUGGCCCUCCUGAGACACCCUGGCAUCUACAAGCCCUUCCUCAUUGGCAUUUCACUGAUGGCCUUCCAGCAGCUGUCAGGGAUCAACGCCGUCAUGUUCUAUGCAGAGACCAUUUUUGAGGAGGCCAAGUUCAAGGACAGCAGUCUGGCCUCAGUUGUCAUGGGCACCAUCCAGGUGCUGUUCACAGCCGUGGCAGCCCUCAUCAUGGACAGAGCUGGGAGGAGACUACUCCUGGCCUUGUCAGGUAUGGUCAUGGUGUUCAGCACAAGUGCCUUUGGCACCUACUUCAAGCUGACCCAGGAUGGCUCCAACUCCUCACACGUGGACCUCCUGGUGCCUGUGUCUGCAGAGCCUGUUGAUACCAAUGUGGGGUUGGCCUGGUUGGCCGUGGGCAGCAUGUGUCUAUUCAUCGCUGGCUUUGCAAUAGGCUGGGGGCCCAUCCCCUGGCUCCUCAUGUCUGAGAUCUUUCCUCUGCAUGUUAAGGGCGUGGCCACUGGAGUUUGUGUCCUCACCAACUGGCUUAUGGCCUUUCUGGUGACAAAAGAGUUCAACAACCUCAUGACAGGGUGUCACUGAAUUGUGUAGGGCCUCACUGUGUUGCUGAGGCUGGCUUUGAACCCAUGAUCCUCCUUCCUGCCUCAGCCUCCUGACCCCUGGGAUUACAGGCAUGUGCCACCAUGCCCAGCUAGCUUACCUUAUUUUGAUUCCUCACUGGGCAGAAGAGGACAGCAGCAUUUCCAUACCACUUCAUCCCCGUUUUCCUUCUUUUCAGUUUAUUUUUACUUUAAAUUGUCAAUAGUUAUGAUAUUUUCUUUUUUUUUUUUUUAAUACAUGACUAUAGUUGCCUCAUGCUUAGGCUGUAGAUUGUUUCCAAAAAACAAACCACGUAUUUCAGGUGGUGGUGAGAACACCCUGUCCGAUAGGCAUGAGAUAAGUCCUAGCCAUGCUGACUACAGUCAUUUGGGUAUCCGCAGAGGAUCAGUUCCAGGACCCUGCCCCACAGACACCAAGAUUCAUGGAUGCUCAUGUUUUUUUUUAUAUAAAUGGCAUAUUAAUUACAUAUAAUCUACACCCAUCCUCCUGUAUAAUUUAAGUCAUUUCUACAUUAUUUAUAAUAGAAAAUACAAUAUAAAUACUAUGUCAGUUGUUAUUGCUUAGGGAAUAAUGACAAAGGAAAAAAGUCUGCAUGUGUUCAGUAGAGACACCGAUGUUUUCUCUUAAUGUUUGUUCCUCAGUUGAAUCAAAAAAAUGCAUAAACUGGAUGUGGAGGGCUGACUGCAUUACAUUUCCUGGUCUUUAUAUACAAGGAAAAUUCUGGCAUGCAAUAAGAGCUAAUGAGAUAUAAGUAGAAUGUAGAUAUAAGUAGAAACUGGAGCUUCAGAGGAGAAAUGAGCACAUUGGAUGUACAGAGAGGAAUGUGCUAACAUUUGAGAAGCACCCCCUUGGUACUUUAUUUUUUUUAAGAAUUGAGAUGCUACAAGCUGCCUUUAGGAUAAUCUGGGGCCCAAAAUGAUCCCUUGCUCUGAUAUGAAAACCACUGGUAUGUGACAUUUAGUAAUAUAUAAAAGAUAAACCCUCAUGCAUGGGGGAAGAAGGAACCAAUAAAGUAUUCAUAGAAUUAUAGUUAUAUAAAUAAUAUUCCCUAUAAACCAACGGGACUAAAAAAGAUAUAAUCCUAUGUCAAUAAACCUGUUUUUUAUUAAAAUACUGAGUUUAUUUCACAUGUA